AUGGGGUUUAGUACAUUGCGCUCUAUACUACUAGAAACUUGCCGAGUCAUUUGGAACGUCCUAAGCCCUAGUGUUAUGCCAAAACCAACAAGGGAAAAAUGGACGCGAAUCGCAAUGGAAUUUGAUGAAAAAUGGAAUUUCCCGAACUGCAUCGCUGCAAUAGAUGAUGUAGGAUCAUAUGGACGAAAUAGUGAUGGAGGUAUAAUGCAAAACUCAAUAUUUGGAAAAAAAAUUACUUUUAAUGCCCUCGGUAUUCCCCAAAAAAAACGUUAA